AUGUCUUACUAUCCGCCUUAUGGCGGUCCCCCUGGAUACCCUCCACCCCAGCAAUACCCCCCGCAGCAAGGCUACCCACCAAUGAACAACCAACACCACCACCACCAACAACAGCCUUCCUACGGCGGAUACCCUGGCCAGUCGUACCACCAGCAGGCUCCGCCGCCUCAAAACCCUUACGGAUAUAGUCACUCGCCUCAGCCCCCACAGCAGCAGCAACAGUACGCUUCGCCUGCCCCGCAGCCCGGAUACAAUGGAGCUCCUUCUAGCUACCAACAGCAAGUGCCCACUGGUCAAAACGUGUACCAGGGCCAAGCCCGCCCAGCAGGUUCGCAUGCCGCAUUGCAAGCAGAACUUUCCCGAGCCAGCGACGCUAACAUGAACCUUUUUGUAGGAGGGAAUUCAUACGGUCACUCCCACGGCGGCCCUGCCGCUCCUCCCACCGGCGCGGUCUCGUUCGGAAAUGGCGCGCCACAAGGUUACAGCUUCCAGUACUCCCGUUGCACUGGUAAGAGGAAGGCAUUAUUGAUCGGAAUCAACUAUUUCGGCCAGAAAGGUCAGCUGCGGGGAUGUAUCAACGAUGUGAAGAAUAUGUCGGCCUACUUGAACCAGAACUUCGGAUAUGCUCGCGAAGACAUGGUCAUCUUGACCGAUGAUCAGCAGAACCCGAUGAGCCAGCCGACCAAGGCAAACAUUCUGCGUGCAAUGCACUGGUUGGUGAAAGACGCACAGCCGAAUGAUUCGCUCUUCUUCCAUUAUUCCGGCCACGGCGGUCAAACACCCGAUCUUGAUGGUGACGAGGAGGACGGAAACGAUGAGGUAGUCUACCCUGUGGACUUCCGAGUGGCUGGUCACAUUGUCGAUGAUGAGAUGCACCGGAUCAUGGUGAAGUCGUUGCUCCCUGGUGUGCGUCUCACGGCAAUUUUCGAUUCGUGUCACUCGGGUUCCGCGCUGGACCUUCCAUACAUCUACUCCACCUCUGGUAUUCUCAAGGAGCCCAACCUGGCCAAGGAAGCUGGUCAAGGCUUGCUGGGUGUUGUGUCUGCUUAUGCACGUGGCGAUAUGAGCAGCAUGGCUUCCACAGCGAUGGCAUUCAUUAAGAAGGCCACCAAGGGUGACGAGGUGUACGAGCGCAACAAACAGACCAAAACCAGCCCUGCGGAUGUUAUCAUGUGGUCUGGCAGCAAGGAUGACCAGACCAGUCAAGAUGCUCAGAUUGGCGGCCAGGCCACCGGUGCCAUGUCGUGGGCUUUCAUUGCCGCGCUCCGGAAGAAUCCCCAACAGAGUUAUGUGCAGCUCUUGAACAGCAUUCGUGAUGAGCUGGCUUCGAAGUAUACCCAAAAGCCGCAGCUGAGUUGCAGUCACCCGCUAGACACAAACCUUCUCUACGUGAUGUAA